AUGUCUACCACCAGCCAAUCCGACAAUGAAGCCCAGUCCCCCCCUGCCCAGGUGGCACGAAACACCCGCAAUCCCCGCUCAAACCCAGCCACUCUGCAAAACAAUCGAGCCCGUCCCUACCCUCCUGCCUUAUCACACCAGUUGGGUAGCAGAGUGACCAACCACGGGACUGAUACACCUCCCCCAGAGGGCGGGCCUGCAGGUCGUGAGAGUCCUACUGCCCGACCGGCAUCGGUGGGGACUGUGCGCCAUUACGGGCGGCCAGGAACUGGGGUCGUUCGACCGUGGCCGCCAGCCAUAGUGCCUUUUGAAACGUCAGAAGCGGAGUUUAAUGAAGAAUAUGUGAAUCUACUUGGUCGCACAUUCAAUAUCCGUGCACCGUACAUGGACUUCGCGGAAGAACUUGUUCAGGCAAGUCAACUUAACAAUUCCUUGUUUGAAUCGAACCACAUGACCUUGACAACAAUUUUCCCUCUCAGGUCCCUUCGGACCGACAGUAUAGUGUACUCUUGUAUUCAAUCAUUUCUGUCCGGCAAGCAGUUGAAUCGCUGCUUCGCACCCGAGAUGCAGCUCAGAACGCCUCAACUAGCUCUCCGGCAAUUCCAUUGUCUGUACAGGCUCAAAUCUUCCCGUACCAGAGGCAUUUCAAGGCAAACAUUUGUCCAAACUAGAGCUAAGGAAGUCCUCAUGAGUCCAGCUCUUGAUGUGUAUUCGUGCGAUCCAGUUAGGGGGGCGCCACCUGCAGGCCGAAGCCUUCUAGACCAGGUCUUGGAACACGUGGUAAACCAGUCUGAUGAGUUCAAGCUUGAUUACCUCCCAGUUGGCUUCAUGACCGGCGACCUUGCUGCACGGGCCAGUUUGAACACCGAGCUUCGCGAGCGAUUGAAGCACGAACGUGGAGCAAUGCGAAAUCUCCUCCUCACGAAUGUUCAUGAUCCCUCUGGCCGUCCGAUCACGCACCCUGUUCCAAGUCUCACCAGCCUCAUUAUUGAUAUGACGCAAAGAAUGAUUCCGGGUGUAGAGCAAGCAGCUGCUCAUGCUUCAAAUCGUCGGUUGAGGUCGCGAAUCGCUCACCUGAGGAUCCAGACCAUAUCGCACUACGCCAGACGGGGCGGGGGUGAAUCUAACCGACAGUGGGCCAUAAUCGAUGAGCAGCUGAUGGACCUGCGAGGGAGGCCUGCCUUGUAUCGCCGAGCUUUCUACAGGCUAAUUAUUCAGCUGGAUGCCGUGACCUUCGGUGAUACCUUGUACGUCGACAUGGAUGUGGAUAACAUUAAGGUCCCGUCGGAGGAGGAGGUUCUGGCCCAAAUGGACCUCAUGGCAGGGGAACGACUGGCGGCUGCUGAGGUGAACGGGGGGUCAGGAGAGGAGUAG